CAUCUUUCCUCCACUCGCCGCAAUCUUUCGUGGGCCUUAUGGUGACCGUGCCUCUCCUCCUGGGUCGAAUCUUCCUUACCGCCCGCUCGUCCUCCCCACUGCUAGCCGCCUCCUUUCGCACCACCAGAAUUGCGCAGUCCACAGCACCAAGUACUUCUCGUCUCUUGGCAUCACUCGCUUCCAGUACAAAAAUGUCUGAGCCUCGAUCACCUGAAGGAGUUGUCAUCAAUUUGGAUUUUAAUCACUUGGGGAAGGAUGAACUCCUCAACAUCACCCACAAGUUAGUGGACCGUCUCAAAAGUGGAGUGGACUCGAUUGUCGCCUCGCCGACUGUUUCAUAUUCGUCCAUACUUGGACCUCUCCUGGACUUGGAGCAAUCGUUUCGAACCGAGUCUGAAUUGGUCACGUUUCCUUUUCACGUUGCAGUUGAGCAAAGUUUGAGGGACGCUUCGAGAGAGGCGUCCUUACUCGUGGAGGCUGCUGUGGUGGAUGUCAACAUGCGUGUAGAUCUGUUCCAGAAGCUCGUGGCGUAUAAGGAACAAUGUGCAAAGGACAAUUUAUCAGAAGAAAAGCUCAGGGCGUUGGAUAAAUUAAUUCGUGACGGAAAACGAAACGGACUAAAUCUGGAUCAAGCUACACGUGAUGAAAUAAAAACGAUCAAGAACGAGCUUAACGAGAAAGCACUGGAAUUUGCCAAGAAUUGUGCCGAGGACAAGUGGGAGCACCUUUUUUCCGCAGAAGAAUUGACUGGACUUCCUCCCUCUUUUCUAGAGGGGUUGGACAAGGAUGCGACCACUGGGAAAUUCAAGUUGACCCUCAAAUAUCCUCACCUUUUCCCUGUCACCAAAAUGUGUUCCGUGCCUGAAACGCGGAGAAUUAUGGAGACUGCAAAUUCCUCCAAAGCGAUGGAACUGAACACUAAAAUUCUGGAAGACAUUUUAGUCCUUAGACAACGGGAGGCGGAACUGCUGGGUUAUCAAAACCAUGCUGCAUACGUCCAAGAGGUAUUAAUGGCCGACUCUCCUGUCAAAGUGGACCAGUUUUUGCGUGAAUUAGCAGAGAAGCUGCAACCCCUGUGGGCGUUGGAAAGGUCACAAUGGCUGUCCCUCAAAAAGGCCGAGUUUGAGCAGAAUGGGUGGGAGUUCAACGGUAAGCUGGAACCCUGGGAUUCACGCUAUUAUAUGCAAAAAGUUGAGGAGACCCAGUACUCCAUCAACCAGGAGGAGUACAAACCAUACUUCCCCAUUGAGCAGGUCACUUCAGGCUUAUUGGAAAUUUAUCAGACACUCCUUCACGUCAAAUUCACAUUGCUCCAAAAUGUCCCUGUUUGGCAUCCGGAAGUACAAGCGUAUGAGGUUCGGGAUGCACGUGACUCUAGCCUUAUGGGCUACUUCUAUUUGGAUAUGUACCCUCGGGAUGGCAAGUACACACACGCCUGUUGCAUGCCCCUUCAACUGAGCUGCGUGGGGUCGGCGGAUGGGAAGAGGAUUCCUGCCGUUAUCGCCAUGCUCUGCAACUUCCCAAAACCUUGUGGUGACCGACCCGCUCUGCUGCACCACAACGAGGUGGAGACGUAUUUUCACGAGUUUGGCCACGUGAUGCAUUCCAUCUGCAGCAGGACAGAGACGGGAACUUUCUCUGGGGCUUCCGGAGUGGAAAAAGAUUUUGUCGAAUGCCCUUCACAAAUGUUGGAGAACUGGGUGUGGCACCGAGCCCCACUCGCUCUGCUUUCCAAGCACUACGAGACUGGAGAAACCCUUCCAUUGGAAAUGGUCGAGAAGCUCGUCCACUCGCAAAAGGCGAAUGCUGGGGCUUUCAACCUCCGUCAAAUUGUGUUGGGCCUGUUUGACCAGAAGAUCCACACUGCCCCUGCAGGUGAGCGCUGUGACACGGCCAAGUAUUACGCGGACACGGUGAAGGAAAUUCUCGAUAUGGAGGCCAUCCCAAAUACCAACUUCCCUGCAAGUUUUGGUCACUUGGCGCACGGCUACAGUGCUCGUUACUACUCUUACUUGUGGAGCGAGGUGUUCAGCAUGGACAUGUUUGACACGGUUUUUGGCGAUGAAUUGAUGAACCCUACGAAAGGAUUGCUGUAUCGACAAAAGAUUCUUGAGCCAGCUGGAUCCCGCGACGCAACGGCCCUUCUGAGCGACUUUUUGGGGAGAGACCCCAAACCCGAACCUUUUCUCAAGAGCAAAGGAAUCGAGGUUGCUGCAUCCAAUUAAUUAUCAUUGCGUUAUUAUCAUCUACUUAUCCAUUUCUACUCUUGGGACAAUCUUUUGAAUUAUGCAAUACAAUAAAUCGUUGAAUUUUU